AUGGUGCAGGUCAAGCUGGCGGCUCUCCUCGCCGUCGCGGGGUUGGCCGCUCAUGUCUCUGCCCAGGACAAACUUAACAAACCCCCACUGCUACCGAACCUAGACAUGCUCUGGGAAGGUUUAGAGAAGAAGCUAACUACACCAAAGACAGAAAUCAAGCAAUGGAAGGAUAACAUCAUUUCUGAGGACUGCAAGACCAUGGCCGAGAGAGAGGGCGUCUCACCAAACAGCAUGAUCCAAUACGAGGUCACCUAUGGUGAUUGCAAGAUGCCGUGGCUGCUCUGCGCCGCCAAGGACCAUCCCAGCAACAUGAAGGACAUCGCAAAGUUCUUUGGCAUGGUGCCCGCCAAGCUGCGCCAGGCGACCAAGCACGCCGCCUUCUUCAAGCCCAAGACUGCCAAAUCGACAGCUGCCGCCUACGCCCUCGGCGACCAGCUCGCCUUCAUGAUGGACCCCAAGGGAAUCGGCAUCUUCCUGCACGAGGUCUCGCACACCGCCGACCUCGGCGCCAAGGACUCGCACUUUGGAAAGGUUGAGGGCCGCUUCACUGACAACAAGAUUUGGACCGACGCUAUCCAGAAGGAUCAGGCCGUCUCGGACAACUACGGCCAGAACAGUAAACACGAGAACCUGGCCCAGUACGCCGGUCUGGUGCUGUACGACAUUCUGGUCGACGGCGGUCUCAAGAAGAUCGUGAAGGACGUCGACAAGAUUAAGAACCAGAUCGACGCCUUUAAGACGGCAACCAGGGAGUGCAGGUGGGGCGGCAACAUGCUCAAGCUCGACCAGACCUGCACCAAGCGCCCACCCAACGCUAAGCCCAUCGACCUCGGGGCCAAGCCAGAGGACAAGAAGGACGACAAAAAGGAUGACAAGAAAGACGACAAGGAAGGAAAGGGCAAAGGAAAGAGAAAACUCAGGUUCCGCCGUGAUGCUCGUUCCAUGUUCUGGCCUAGGGCUUCCGGCUCGGCGGACUCGGUCGAGAAGCGCGACCUGCCUACUAACUGCGGUCUUCCGUCUGCGUAA